AUGCUGGUCACGUGCCAACACUUUCGCCAAGGUAGAGCUCGGCCGAGGUCUGAUUUGGCAGGAAGCACCUCGCGCCGGGCUGGAUCCAAAAUUCCGACUGCUGGCCAGAAUCCACACAGCCUGGCCAAGACGGCUCCGGGGCGUCGCGCAGGUCUGGCAAUCGAGAAGACUCGAAGUCUACAGGAGCGUACAGACAGCUGGAGUCGGAGACAGCUGGGUGGAGCUGGCAACGCUCGAACAUGCGGGCGGCCGCGCCGUGCGGAGGCCACCAAGGCGCGUUGCUCGCCAUCCGAUCCUCCUUCUGCUUCUACAGGAACACCUCACCACAUACAGAGAUCCGUCAAGAUGCCCCAGCAGAUUACCGACAUCAAGAAGUUCCUUGAGAUUGCUCGCAGAAAGGACGCCUCGGCGGCCCGCGUCAAGAGCACCACCCGUGCCGACGGCAAGCAGGUCACCAAGUUCAAGAUCCGCUGCUCGCGCUUCCUCUACACCCUCUCGGUUGACGACAAGCAGAAGGCUGAGAAGCUCAAGCAGUCGCUUCCCCCUGGUCUUAACGUUGUCGAGAUCGGCAAGCCCGUCAAGGGCCGCAAGCCCGAUCGCUCGUUCGCAUCCUCCUACACCACCAUCAUCCCAAAAUAA